CCUCGACCCGUUUGGAAAUAUCCGAAAUAAACGCGCACAACUUACAUUUUUAUUUAUUAUUUUUAUUAAAAUUCAUUCAUAAUUCAUACAAGCUUCUUGUGAACUAACCGCUCCACUCGCCGGAGCUCUCUCCCACCGACUUCAUCAACCUCUUCACACGCUUUCGGAAUUGGCAAACCCUAAACACACGUGCGAGAGAAGGACUACUCUACAAUCUAAACAACAACUACAACAACAACAAGAUUACUGCUCUGCUUUGAUCGAUCGUCUUCCAAACACAGAACUUAGAGAAGCUGAUAUGGGAAUGGAUUACUAUGACGUUUUGAAGGUGAAGCGGAACGCGACAGAGGAGGACCUGAAAAAGGCUUACCGGAGGUCGGCGAUGAAGUGGCAUCCGGACAAGAAUCCGGUGAACAAUAAGGCAGCAGAGGCCAAGUUCAAGCUCAUAUCUGAAGCUUAUGACGUCCUUGCUGAUCCUCAGAGACGUCAGAUCUAUGAUCUCUAUGGUGCCGAAGCUUUAAAGUCGGUUGACUUCAACUCUUCAUCGUCACCUUCUUCUUCUCCUGGUUCUUUCGGUCAGGGGAUGAGAAAUAAUAACAAUGGCGGCUCUCGGUUCCCGUUCCAUCCUCGUGAUCCGGACGAUAUUUUUGCAGAGUUUUUUGGUGGAUCUGAUGAUGGUAAUGGAGAUAGUCGGAAGCAGAAGAGUAGUAGUACUAAUACUGGCAGCAAAGCACCACCGAUUGAGGAAAAGUUGGCGUGUAGCUUGGAGGAUCUCUUUAAAGGAACUAGAAAGAAAAUGAGUAUUUCUAGAACGGUUAUAGAUGAUUUUGGUAAUCCAAAGACUAUUGAUGAAAUUUUAAAGAUUGACAUUAAACCUGGUUGGAAAAAGGGUACCAAAAUCACUUUCCCAGAGAAAGGUAACCAAGAACCUGGAAUCACUGCAUCAGAUCUGAUCUUCGUUAUCGAAGAGAAACCACAUGGUGUUUUCCGGAGAGAUGGGAAUGACCUUGUGGUUAAGCAGAGAAUAUCCUUACUUGAGGCUUUAACAGGGAAAACUCUGAAUUUAACAAGCUUGGAUGGGAGGAUUCUCAGUAUCUCAGUAACAGAUAUAGUUAAGCCUGGUCAUGAAGUAGUGAUUCAGAACGAAGGAAUGCCCAUUUCAAAAGAUCCCAACAAAAGAGGUAAUCUGAGAAUCAAGUUUGACGUGAUGUUUCCAUCGAAGCUUAAUUCAGAACAGAAAUCUGAUUUGAGAAGGGUUCUGGGUAGAGCUGAUAACUAGUCAAGACCCAAGAGGAUGUUGAUGACACUGAUUUAUAACAUUUAAGAUCAAAAAACAUGUAAAUACAUAACACUUUCCCAUGCUUAAGAGAAAGUAUUGAUGUGCAUAGUAGGAAAAGAGUUUGAAAGAGUGGAGUCAAGGGUAUUAAUUUAUAAAUUAGUUGGCAGGUGACAACUUUGGUCUCUUUCCUUUUCAAACUAUAUAGUAGCAACUUUUUCUUAAUGUAGUUAUUUAAUGCAAGUUCUUUGUGGAAUAAUCAUAUUUUCGUUAUGUAA